CGGCACUCUUGAUUUUUGUCGUGUAAACGGCACCGGGCCUGUCCGAUUGCGGUACGCGUACCUAAAAUUUUUGGCGGGCCGAGACCAUCUCUUGAGGUAGUCUCGGCCCGCCAAAUAAGCGGCACCGUGCCCGAAAUUUUGCUAUUUCAGCACUUUUCGGUGGCGCGAAAUAUUUCGCGAGAAUUAGUAUUAAGCAAAAUGGCCGCCGUCAAGAGAAACAGAGGGAAAGUAUGGAGCAACGAAGCAACAAAAACCCUGCUUAAUCUGUGGUGCGAUGAAGCAAUUCAGGUUGCAUUUGAUCAGUCCAAAGGGUCUAAAGAAAGUAGUAAAGUUUAUCAGAGGUUACUGGUAAGUUAUUCCGCAUAUUUUUUAAUAUUUUAACAUAAUUUUUAGGGUGGCAUUCGACUGAUUCGAGUUGGCAUCAUUGCAAUUUUAAUAGCCACAUGGCAUUGGCAUACGAUAGAGCAUGCAACAGAACUGCAAAACACAACUUUUAAUAGACCACGUUGAGGAAGAUGGCUAGUUCUGGUAGUGUGUAAUAGCAUAAUACGUAUAUUAUGUUGGAAAUUUUAAACAAUAUAUAUUUACGUCAUUUUAAUACAAAAUAAAAGUUACUGUACACGUAACACGUUUAGAAUGCUACUUUGUAUAAUUUGAAUGUUACUCAAUAUAUUUUGUAGGAUCAGUUACGAGCGAAAGGUUUUUCUGACUUCACAUUAAAGGAAGUUGUAAAUAAAAUGAAAAAAUUAAGACAAAAGUAUAAAGCUGAGAAAGAUAAAACGAAAAAAUCGGGAAAUGGUAGAAGCAAUAAGUGGGUAUUUUUUGAGCAGAUGGACAGGUUCCUUUCUCAAAGACAUAAUAUCACUCCUGUUGCUCUUGUGGACACAAUGGCAGAAUCUGAGAAAAUGGAUCACCAAAGCGAUUCUUUAGAUGAUGAUCAGAGUUUAGGUAUGCAGCAAGUUUGUUAAGAUUCAAGUCAAACCAUUUUUUUUAAUAUCUAAUUUAAAAGGCUGAAACUGGUUUAGGGACCAGUCAUAAAGUAUUUACUAGGGGGUGUGGAGGAUAUUUUUGAGGGUCCGAAAAAAACAACAGAACCUCUAGGGGGUACCAAAAUCUUCGUACUAUAGGUACGGAAAAUCAGAUUUAAGUUUGGAGAGAAUUGUUUUACUAGGGGGUCUAUUAUAGUUCCACAGGUUUUUGGGAGGGUAUGGAAAUAUGUACUUGAAAUUUAAUUUAUCCUCCACCCCACCCCCCCUCUAGUAAUUACUUUAUGACCGGUCCCUUGAUUAAUUAUGGAGAUAGCGUAGCCAGGUUUAGACAUAAUUAAGAAUAUAAACAUUCUCUGACUAAAAUGUUUUAUUUAAAACGAGCUUUCGACUACCUAAAUUAAACCAGUUUCAGCCAGCCUCCUAAUAUUGGGAGACACUUUGUGCCCCUAAAAUAAACAUACCUAUAAGCAGAAUACAGUAGGAGUGUUGGACUAAUGAAAGAGGUACAAACCUGGAGACCUCUAAUUUAAAAAAAUGUAUUACACUUUGUGCUAAACAUGCACCUCCCCUCUCCCCUCCAGUAAUUAUCAGGCUUCCUACACCCCUGAACCAGUCAUUAUUAAAAUGUUGGAUGAGAGUUAUUGAAUAUCAGCAAAAUAAAAUAUGGCUAAAGCCUCUUUUUCCUUUUUUCUAAAAUUGUAUGUCAUUUGCAUGGAUCUUAAUUCGACAUUGUUAUUUAGUACCAUCUUUUGUAAAGUAAUCUGAAUACUUAAUUAUUAAAUUUUACUUCAUAUUGAUCAUAAUGACAUGUUGCAUUUUUUGCUAGUUGACAAUCUAAUGGAUAAGUAUGGGGAAGGUUCAACACAGAUUCACAAAUGUCAGACAUGUGAGUAUGAAAAAAAGAUUUACUCAGGAGGCACACACAUUACUGAAGGUGGUUCUCUGAUGGUGUAUGCAGAAGAGGAUGAAUUUGUGUGUCCAAAUUGUGACCCAAGUGCUGUUGAUGGAAAUGACAGUGAUGCUGGUAAGAGCUAGAGUAAAUAUAGCUAAAAAUAAUAUAUUUUAUUCCAUUGCACCAUUACUGGUACACAGGAUAUAAUACAAUAUAACAGAUACAUACAAACAAUAAAACUGUAGCUAUUCCUUAAUUACAAACAGUACAGUCAGACAAAAUCUUAGUUAAAUGUUGUUCUUUAAGUUUUUAAUAAUCCUGUAGCUAGGCAAAGCCAUGAAUUUUAUAAUAAUAUUACUCAAUAUUUGAUAUUUCAUAUACAUUCAACAUUUAAUUGUAGAUGACAUAUGCCUGAAAUGGCUUAAUAUUUUAAACAUUUUCUGGUGGACCAUGCCAUGACCAUCUAUCUAGUCCUGGGAAAAAACCAUACAUUCUGCUCUGGCCAAACCGGCAAAAAGACUUUUAAACAAAUGUGUACUGAUGUUGUGUUUUUGUGAAACAUUAAUGUACAUUACCGAGGCCGGUAGGGGGGAGAUGCCCAAGGCCUGGAAGUCGGGGGCAGCAGAAUAUCACCAGAGCGCAGCGCGCACAUGUGUGCUUGUGUGUGUGAUUGUGUAUGUGUGUGUGGAUGGGAGGCAAUGGUCACAAAUCUGCCCUGGGGCCCUAUGAUGGGUCUUGCUAGUCAUGCAUGUAGACCAAAAAUUUUGACUAAAUAUCAUUAGGAGUACCUGAGGUGAAUGACCCAAAAUUAGAAAACAAAGAAGAGAAAGACAUGAUAAAAGAAGAAAGUACAACUGAUAAAAAGAUUGGGGCAAGGAAGAAGAGAAAGAGUACAGUUGAGAAAAGCAUGGAAGUCGCUUUUAACCAGUUUAAAGAAACUGCUAAAGAUGAUUUCGAAAGGUAGGUGAUUACACAUAAAAGGAUGGUUCUGAAACAGAUAUGGAAGGAGUAAAAUCAAACAGGAUGACGAGGUUGUUUGACUCUAUAAACCUGUGUGCGCUGCAAGGUUUGCAGAGUGGACAUGGCUUAUUUGUGAUAUUCCAACAAAAUGUCGUUUAGGAAUUAUUUUAAACCUGCAUUAAUUCAGACAUACAUAGUUUAUUUCAAAUUUAAAAUUAGCAAACUGUUAUUUCAUUUUGAAGUUAAAUGUCAAUUUUUUAACUUUAUAUUUUUCAAUAAUUUUCAUAAAGUUGCGGUACCAUUGCAUGCCUUAUUUGUUUCUAAUUGCCUAUGCAAGUGUAUGGCCCUCUAAGUCUACUAUGAAUAAGUUCCAACUUUAAAAACAUGUGGUCCAUAAGCAGAUGACUCCAGAAUUAAUUGUGUUGGCCAAACAAUAUAUUGUGAACAUUUCUUAAACAAUAUUCUGUACAAUUUAACUAUGGCUUUUAAACAGACCAAUUGUAUUCCCCUAAUUAAUAUCUUCUAGAUAUAAGAAAUUUGAACAGGCAAGAUUAGAUAAAGAGCACCAAUUCUAUAUGGAACAAGCAAGACUGGAGAAUGAAAGAAGAAAGGAGGAAAGGGAACACGAGUUAAAGAUUUUUGGUAUGAUGAUUGGCAGCAUAAACCAGUCAGGUCAAAAUUUAAGCAGCCCGGCGUCCACUUUCUGUUCCCAACCAUUUGCCAAUGUUCAGAAACAAACCAAUAUAGGAAACAGCUACGGAUGUGAUGCUCAGGAUGUUACUCGCUACAACUUGGACGGAGACAAAACCUAUGUUGAUUUAUAGAUGUACAACAUUUAUACAGUAUUAAAAUUAAGGACUAAGUAACGUAUUCAUAUUUGCUAUUCUUUACCCAUUCUGGGUUACGUAAUUUUAGUGCGUUGUGUUAUACUGUGCUAUGCAACUGUCGGAAUAAAGAUGCACACGGACGAACGUUGCAUGUACAACACCUUGUUUUGGAUUACAUUUUGGAGACAGUUAGCAAUAAAUACUGUGUGCUAUAGGUUAACAAAUUAUAAUUUGUUCUUUAAAGGAUUUUUCCUUGUAAAAAGUUUAUUUUGCGAACAUUUUAAAGUUUAUUUUGCGAACAUUUUAUAUUUAAAGUGUUAAUGUCAACCGAUGUAUAUUAAUAUAUUUAUAUCAAUUACCAUUGUAUGGAUUAUUGUUCUCAGCCGGACGUCAGUUCUUCCUAGCUAAAGUAAUCUGCUAAUGCUUCACGAAUGUCGUGUGCAUCAGCUUCUACAAUGUCAACGUUAUCAAUCCCCACAACUGCCUCUUCGGCUCUUUCUGGUCCUUCCCACUGCGGCAAAAAAUCGUUGUUUUGAAUUUCGCAAAUGUUAUGCAGAAUACAAGAGGCUAAAACAACAUUGACCAGGGCAGGUACCUCCAUAUCAACACAUUUUCUAAAUCUAAUAAAACGUCCUUUCCACCUGCCGAAGGUGUUUUCUACAGUCAUUCUGGCUCUACUAAGGCGAUAGUUAAACACUCGUUCUCUUCUCGGCUGGUUAUCGUUUCUCUGAAAACCUUUCAAAACCCAUGGCAAGAGGGGAUAAGCAGGAUCUGCUACUAUAAAUGGUGACAUUUCUACUCCUUGUAAUUCCACAGUGAGAUCAUCUGGAAAUAGCUUGCCUUCAUUCCCUUUCUUGAAAAUAGAUGAAUUUGAAAAUACCCGUGCGUCGUGAACGCUUCCAGGCCAACCGAUGACCACAUCUCUAUACAGGUAUUUGCAAUCCACUACAGCUUGCAUGAUUAUGCUGUGAUAGCCUUUCCGGUUUACGUAUUCUGCGUGACAUUCGGACGGUGCAACAAUAGGAAUGUGUGUCCCGUCAAUCGCUCCAGCACACAUUGGAAAACCCCAUCGUUGUUCAUAAUCAUUGAUAAUUUGCACCAAUUCGUCUCCAUGCGGAAAACUCACAACAUACGACAACUUGCUCGUUAUUGCUUUGCAGACAUCUCUAACGCAUAAACACACGAACGAUCUUGAAACACCAAAUAAAUUGGCUAUAGUCCUAUAUUCAGCAGUGGAUGCCAAGAAGUAUAAUGUAAUGGCCAGCCGUCGCUUCGCCGAAAUUGCAGAACGCAUGACUGUAUCUUUGCAGCGUAUAUAUUCCAUGACUUUAUUUAAAAGAAAUUCGAAUGUCCCCCUUGUAACUCGAAAGUUUGAAUACCAAAGUUCGUCAUUAUACUCUCGAUCUACCAUCUCGAACCAAGUAAGUGAUCGUGGAUGCAUCCACAGUGCUCUAUAACGUGGACGGUUAACACAAACUAAUAUUGCUUUCAAAAAUGUAAUUCGCAGUUUAUUCGUUGAAUAAGCAUCUGAUCUCAGCAGGGUUUUUUUCUCUAAUAUUUUAUUAGCUCUUUUUUCUCUCCUACGAAGGAACCAAAGUAGCAGUAAUUUGAGUUUGUGUGCUUGGUUGAAAGCCGCCAUAUUUAAAUUUUCCCGCGGAAAUAUUAACCGCUGAAAAUGUACUUUGGGCUCUAUUUUUACGAGUGCCGUGCCAAAUUAUUGGAGUGCCCGUCGAAUUUUUUUUGGUCCGGCAAUUUGGCAAACUUUUGUCGUGUAAACGUGUGAGUGCCGUGCUAUGAAUAAAUGGUACGGUACCAAAAUUAAGCGUGCCGUGCCAUAAACGUUUGUCGUGUAAACGGGGCUUAAA